AUGGACACCCAGAAGGACGUUCAACCCCCAAAGCAGAAAUGUCUAUACAUAUGUGGAGAAUGUCACACAGAAAAUGAAAUAAAAUACAGGGAUCCAAUCAGAUUCAGAGAAUGUGGAUACAAAAUAACAUACAAGAAAAGGGCAACAAGAUUGGCAGUUUUUGAUGCUUGA